UUAUUCUGUUGAUCUGUUCAUUCUGCCUCAAAGAUCUGAAUUUUUUGUGCUGUUUUAUUCCCCCAAUGGAUCUUAGAUCAAAACCCAGAAGCUGAAACCUUUGUUUCUCAAGGUUUUGCAUGCGUACAUUUUUGGGAUUUGUGUAAUUUAUCCUGUUGAAACCCUUUUUCUGGUUUGACUAUGUUUGAGCUAAAACAUUAGGUGAAUGCAAUGCAGCUGGAUAAUUUGUGAGGAUAUUUAACAAAGUGUACAUUGUUGUUCUGCGAUUUUGUUCGUCACUUGGUAUUGUGAUGGAUGGUGAUAAUGGUCUUAACAUCCGAAAUUGGGGUUACUAUGAACCCGCAACGUCCUUUAAGAGCCAUCUGGGGCUGCAGCUGAUGUCCACCAUGCCCGAAAAACCUAUGUUCGGCGGUCGCAAUGCUGCGGUUUUAUCCGGCGCUAAUGGGGCAUUUCACAAUCACCACCAUAGGGACAUUGGGAUGCCCCAAGCUGCUACAUACCCUAUGGAGUACAUGAGGGAUGCAUGGAUUAGUAGUCAGAGAGACAAGUAUAUGCAUAUGAUACCUACAAACCCGAGUUUUGGUGGUAUUCCGGAGACAUCUACAGCGCACCAUAUACAAAUGAUUCCACCACCUGAGUUGACAAAGGAAGAAAGCCCAAUUGAUGAGGCAGUAGCCCCUGUUGCUGAGAAGGUGAAGGGUACUGGUAAGAAGAGGCAGGGACCAAAGUUGCCCAAAUCCCCCAAAGCAAAGAAGCCAAAGAGGGGCCCUCACCUUCCUAAGGAUGAGAAUGCUGCUUCAGUUCAACGGGCAAGGGUUCCAAAGAAGACUGCUGAAAUUGUUAUAAACGGGAUUGAUAUGGAUAUUUCAAGCAUUCCAAUUCCUGUUUGUUCAUGCACCGGGGCUCCUCAACAGUGUUACAGAUGGGGUUCUGGUGGGUGGCAGUCAGCAUGCUGCAGAACUGGCAUGUCAAUGUAUCCUUUGCCUAUGAGUACCAAGCGGCGUGGCGCUAGGAUAGCUGGGAGGAAAAUGAGUAUAGGAGCAUUUAAGAAGGUUUUAGAGAAACUUGCCGCCGAGGGUUAUAACUUUUCCAAUCCAAUUGAUUUGAAGACUUAUUGGGCAAAACAUGGCACCAACAAGUUUGUCACCAUCAGAAAUGAAUAAAAGUACUGAGCUUCCAAGCAUCGUUAGUUUCUUCAAGUUUGCUGACAAUUGACAUCUCUGACAAGUAAAUUGAACUUCCUUGUUUUGUGGUGUAUUUACUGAUUGCAAAUCUGAAGACAUGUGCUGUAGUAUAUGUCGCUUGAUUUGUACUAAUAAUUCCUCUAAAUGCAAACUCUUUAAUUGUUCAACCUCUAAAAUUGGAAAAAAAAAAAAAAACUGAAGGCCUAGUUUUGUUGCUUUAUUUUGGGGUCUCUACAUAUUGAUAUUUUUUGGUAAAAUGGAGACCAUUUGUAUUAUGCAGAAGCACUCUUUUACAUAUGUCCCGUUUCG